CUUGUACCGGUUUAAAUGAUUUACAGCGCUCCUGUCAACCGUAAGCGCUUGUGGGCCAUCUUCUGAGCGCCCACGUCCCAUACAUCCAAAACCGGAAGUAACAACAGCUCCUGAGGCAGAAGACUCUUCAAAUACUGGAUCCGAAACUGCUUCUACAUCUACUGCUACUACUGAGGCUGUUGCAACGACAAAAUCAAUCACACCACCACAAUCAACACUUGCAUCAGAGCUCAAAACAGUUCCUAUUGAAACCACAAUAAAUGGAGAGGUAUCUACAACUGCCAACCAAGUUUCGGUAUCAGAAUCAGACGCUUCUACCCCACAGCCAACUGACGCAUCAAGCAAAGCCUCUAUAACGGAUUCUGGAUCAACCAUAAUAUCGGUAAAACCAGCUUUGGUAACAGACUCAGGUGCUUCUACCUCACAGUCAACUGAUGCGACAAUUAAAUCCUCUACAACGGAUCCUGGCUCAACCACAACAUUGGCAACACCAGUUUCGGCAACAGUAUCAGCAGCUUCUACCCCACAGUCAAGCAAAGCAUCUACAACGGAUUCUGGCUCAACCACAACACCGAUAAAGCCAGCAGUUUCGGCAACAGAAUCAGCAGCAUCUACCCUACAGUCAAGUAAAGCUGCUACAACAAAUUCUGGCUCAACCACAACACCGAUAAAGCCAGUUUCGGCAACAGUAUCAGCAGCUUCUACCCCACAGUCAAGCAAAGCAUCUACAAUGGAUUCUGGCUCUACCACAACAUCGAUAAAGCCAGUUUCGGCAACAGUAUCAGCAGCUUUUACCCCACAGUCAAGCAAAGCAUCUACAAUGGAUUCUGGCUCAACCACAACAUCGAUAAAGCCAGUUUCGGCAACAGUAUCAGCAGCUUCUACCCCACAGUCAAGCAAAGCAUCUACAACGGAUUCUGGUUCAACCAUAACAUCGAUAAAGCCAGUUUCGGCAACAGUAUCAGCAGCUUCUACCCCACAGUCAAGCAAGGCAUCUACAACGGAUUCUGGCUCAACCACAACACCGAUAAAGCCAGUUUCGGCAACAGUACCAGUAGCUUCUACCCCACAGUCAAGCAAAGCAUCUACAACGGAUUCUCGUUCAACCACAACAUCGAUAAAGCCAGUUUCGGCAACAGUAUCAGAAGCUGCUACCCCACAGUCAAGCAAAGCAUCUACAACGGAUUCUGGCUCAACCACAACACCGAUAAAGCCAGUUUCGGCAACAGUACCAGCAGCUUCUACCCCACAGUCAAGCAAAGCAUCUACAACGGAUUCUGGUUCAACCAUAACAUCGAUAAAGCCAGUUUCGGCAACAGUAUCAGCAGCUUCUACCCCACAGUCAAGCAAAGCAUCUACAACGGAUUCUGGCUCAACCACAACACCGAUAAAGCCAGUUUCGGCAACAGUACCAGUAGCUUCUACCCCACAGUCAAGCAAAGCAUCUACAACGGAUUCUCGUUCAACCACAACAUCGAUAAAGCCAGUUGAUCCGCCAAAUUGUUACACAGUUGGCAAAGGAACAUAUCCAGCUCUCUAUUGUAAUCUGUACUACGAGUGUCUUGACAAGGGAGUACUCCAUGUCUUCGAGCGCUACAAGCGUGCUUUAAGGAGGUGCGAGGGUGACUUGAUCUACGAUGACAGCUCCAAAAGUUGCAUUGUUGGAACCUGUACUUCGCUGUCCGUGGCUCCGUAUUGUGCAAGAUCUGGAAAACACCCUGCAGAGAAGUGCAAUCAAUUUUACCAAUGUACUCGUAUCGGUUGGCAUCGGCCUAUCUUCGACUACGAGCUUCAACUGAAGACGUGCGGGUUUAACAAGAUAUUUGACCCACGUAUAAAACGGUGCGUGCCGGGUUCUUGCCGAUAGUCUACGUAGUGAUAGAAUUUGUUUCUUAUGGAUAUGUUAAUAAAAUUGCAUUGCUAUCUGAUGUUUUUCCUUUUACUGAAAUUUCAGUUGAGAAUUUACAAACGCUACUUGUUAUCAAACGUUGCCUUUUAUCAGACUGCUUAAGGUGGCUCCGACGCAGUGAGUUUCAAGCCAUUUACAAGGGUUCAGCUGCUUCAAAACUGAC